UCUGCGCAGGGCUUUUUUUUAUUUGUGUUGCUAUGUGAGGCUUUGGAGCGCGGUUUGAAGAUACUGAGCGAGGAUCCACAUUCAGCGUCCGCGUACUGUCGACGUGCUGCGUGGAGCAGGACUCAGCUGCAGAAGGACUGCCCUGUCUCCAUGGUAACAGGCCUCAGGCAGACCCAGAAAAAUGUUGGGCCAAACCCGUCAAACUUACCUGAUUCUGGACUGCGCCGGAGAGGAUUUUAACAAAAAUUAUAAAACUAUCAAGUCCUAAUACGAUGCAUUCGAUAUUUCUUUCUGUAUAAAAGUGUGUGCCUGAAAAUCUUCAUAUAUUUCAGCUUUAUUGCAUUUUAGAAAGACUUGCUUUCUCCCAUCCCUGGCAGAAAAGAGUCUUCUAUUUAAAUAUCUUUCUAAAACCAGGAGGUGAAGGAAAAGUUGCUAUGGUAUUCAAGACAUUAUGUCAGCGACUUUCUCAGUUAAGUGAUCUUAAACUGUGCGGAGGCCGUCCCAGGCUCGUCUCAAGGUCCUAAACCAGGACAAGGAUGCACCAGCUGUUUAGCCAAGUGCUCGGCCAGAGGGAUCUGUCCAGAGCAGGUGAUCUGUUCUCUCUGGAGGACGCAGACAUUGAAGACUGUCUGUCUCAAGCUCUGGACCAGAUUAAGGCAAUCUCCUGCUCACCGGACUAUUUGACCAAUGACAAUGACCAGGCAGUGGUGGAGAUUUGCAUAACACGCAUCACCACAGCCAUAAGGGAGACGGGCUCCAUCGAGCGACACAGCACGGCUCUGGUGGGACUGUGGGAGUCCUGUCUGGAGCAUAACCUCACCCCGCAAGGUGAAAACACAGAGGACACUCCGCAUGCUAAGAUAGCCUCUGACAUCACCAGCUGUAUCCUGCAGAACUACAGUUGUCCUUCGGUCAUGGUGCUGGCUGUCCCGGUGGCCGUGCGGUUCCUGCAGAGAGGCAACAGGGAGCUGAGCAGGAACAUGUCCAGUUACCUCUCUCUGGCCGCUAUAGCCAAGGCCGAUCUGCUGGCUGAACACACAGAGGCCAUAACAAUCAGCGUGCUGGGAGGUAACCACAUGCUGUUGAGAGUUCUGCCCUCAGUCUACCCCAAACAACCAGACACCAUUCACCACCACCUAGGCAACCUCACCGCCAUGAUGCCACAGCUGGAAUCCACCGAGCAACAACACCUGAUCAGGCUUAUUCAAAUGGUUGCCGAGCAACAUCCACUUAUGUUGAGCCCUCAGGUUCCAACGUUGGUCGGUUACCUAGGGAACCAGUCUCUCACCGAGGCUCUUUUAGGAGCACUUGUCGAUGUGUCUCAAGCAAGUCCUUCCUCGCUGGUCAGCUUUCUGUCACCGCUCAGGAUCUUGGGACAGCAGUGCCCUGCUUUCCUGGCUCAUGUGGCCAAAAUCCACGGUGCUGUGGGCAUUAUCAGUGAGACUCAUGCUCACAGCUCGCUGGUCUACCUGGUGUCCCUUCUGGGCAGCAUGGAGCACAGCUUUCACCACACCCUUCUGCUGGAGGUCAGAGCGCUGACCGACCGUUACCCAUCUUUACUGGGCGGCUGCGGUAAAGACAUCUACAGGAUGAGCAACUCUUUCACUGCAAUAGCCAGGCUUCUGGGAAGACGACUGGAGGAGAAAUCAACAUCACACUGCAGGGUGGAUGAGGCGUUCCAAUCAGAUGGAGGAGGAGGAGCACCAGAGCAGCAGCUGCAGGUGAAGAUCCAGGCCUUUGAGGAGAAACUGGGAGACACGGUGGAAGAUGAGGAGGAGGAGGCAGCAGGGGAGGACUCCCCUGCCCCGCAGCGACGCUACAGCCUAAGCCAAACAGUCAGGGAGGAGAGGCGUGAGAUGAGAUUCAACAGGUCAAAGAGCCUGGCUCUCCAUGCCGUGCGUUCUCGGUCCAUUAACUCAGACGAAGGGGAGGACGGUGAAGGGGUGGAGCUCAGCACAGAUAGCGCCUUUUCCAACACUUUGCCUAAUCAGCAUUCAGAAAACCAUGAAGUCUCACCUGCUGAGAGGAAAUUGACAGAUGGCUCUCUGGUCGGCGUCACUCCGCUAGACAGAGCGGCUAAAGAGGUGGAGAAAAAUCAAAACAGAGAGAAGGAUGGACAGAAAGGAGAGUGGGCGGAGCCUGACAGACUUUACAUCCAUUUAAGAGACAAUAUGGAGAUGAUCGGAGAUUUCUGUAAAGUAAUGGUGCAGCAGAUCCCCAUCCCAGAGCAGUGUGUGAUAGAAGAUUCCAGUCGAGGUGGUGCGGCCAAGCUUUCGUUCUCCUGUCCUUUGAAGGGUCACUACUGUCUGUACGCCAAAUCCUGCUUCAACCUGACCAGCCGACAGCCGCAUCUAUGGAUUCACAUCAUGUUGUUACAUUUACAGAGUAAGUCCAGCGUACCUCUCAGCACCAGGGACGAGUGUGUCCAAAAACUGGGUUCUCUUUGGGAAAAGACGCAGCUUAAAGGAGCUCACAGCUUUUCUAUGGCCAUGACACAGCAGACUACCCCACACAAGAAGGACCUGGACAACCUUCAGAUCCAGCUAGAAGAGGUGCGCUUCUUCGACUUGUUUGGAUACAGUGAGGAGGAAGGAGGCUGGCUCUGCUUCAUGUGUAACAACCCUGAGAAAGCUACAGUCGUAAACCAGGAGGGACAGCCUUUGAUCGAGGGGAAGCUGAAAGAGAAACAGGUUCGCUGGAAGUUCAUUAAGCGCUGGAAAACCCGCUACUUCACCUUGGCGGGAAAUCAGCUCCUUUUCCGGAGAGGCAAAUCGAAGGAUGAGCUGGAUGACAUCCCGAUUGAGCUGAGCAAGGUGCAAAGCGUCAAGGUGGUAGCCAAAAAGCGUCGGGACCGGGGUCUGCCGCGCGCCUUCGAGAUCUUCACCGACAGUAAAACGUACGUGCUGAAGGCUCAGGAUGAGAAACACGCUGAAGAGUGGCUGCAGUGCAUCAACGUGGCUGUGGCUCAGGCCAAAGAGAGGGAGAACAGAGAGACCACCACCUACCUGUGAGAGCGGCACCGACCGAGACGGCGGCGGGGACGCGAACGCGCAGCCAAACAUACGCUGACUUCCACAUGUAGGAUAUUUGUUUCUUGUAAGCAUU